CCUCCUCCUCGUCCUGAUUCCGACGAACUUGCCGGGGACACACAGGCGGGAUCCUCUUCCACCGAUCGAGACGGAACGACGGAUGACGAAGCAGAGCGUGGUCGUGCCGGAGGUGGCGGUGCCGAUGCCGCCCAACUCCGCCCCGCUGCUGCCGUACCCGCCGCCGCGCGCCGCGCCGGGGGUCGCGGUGCGGAAGAAGUACCUGCAGGCGCAGCUGGACCUCGGCGCCGGGCUGCCGCUCAUCAACGGGUGGGUGGAAUCCAUGCGGGCGUCGUCGCCCACGCACGCCAAGGCGGCCGCCGCGCUCGCCGCCGGCGCCGUCGACGACGAGCGCGCCGCGUGGAUGGUGAGGCACCCAUCGGCGCUGAGCAAGUUCGAGCAGAUCGUGGCGGCGUCCAAGGGGAAGAAGAUCGUCAUGUUCCUCGACUACGACGGGACGCUGUCCCCCAUCGUCGACGACCCCGACUCCGCCUUCAUGUCCGACACGAUGCGGCGGGCGGUGCGGAGCGUCGCCAAGCACUUCCCGACGGCGAUCGUCAGCGGCCGGUGCCGCGACAAGGUGUUCGAGUUCGUGAAGCUGGCGGAGCUCUACUACGCCGGCAGCCAUGGCAUGGACAUCAAGGGCCCCGCAAAAGCCUCCCGCCACAAUAAGGCCAAGGUGAGAGCCCUUCUCCCAGCUCCUCUGCCGGCCACUGCCGCACUUGUCAAACACGGCCGGAAAACAAAACUUAUCUCCCUCUUGUGUGGCUCUCAGGCCAAAGGCGUUCUCUUUCAGCCGGCGAGCGAGUUCCUGCCCAUGAUAGAACAGGUGCACGAUUCUCUGAUAGAGAAGACCAAGUGCAUACCUGGAGCCAAGGUGGAGAACAACAAGUUCUGUGUGUCUGUCCACUUCAGAUGUGUCGACGAAAAGAGCUGGAACACAUUGGCGGAGAUAGUGAAGGCAGAGCUCAAGGAAUACCCAAAGCUGAAGCUCACGCAGGGCAGGAUGGUGUUCGAGAUCCGGCCCACCAUCAAGUGGGACAAGGGCAAGGCCCUCGAGUUCCUCCUCGAGUCGCUCGGGUUCGCCGACUGCACCAACGUGCUGCCGGUGUACAUCGGCGACGACCGCACCGACGAGGACGCGUUCAAGGUGCUCCGCAAGAGAGGACAGGGCAUCGGCAUCCUCGUGUCCAAGUACCCCAAGGACACCAACGCCUCCUACUCCCUGCAGGAACCAGCCGAGGUGAUGGAUUUCCUGCUGCGGCUGGUCGAGUGGGAGCGCCUCUCCCGGGCACGCCCCAAGUGGUGACGAGCCAUCCCACACGGCAACCGCCCAUUUUCCCCGACAGCUCAGCCCGUAUUCCCCGACAGCUCUGUAUUCCGUCGGGUUAGGAUCCGAGGAAAAGAAAAUUAUCGAGGCGAUUAUUAUUAAGCACCAGUAGUAUACAUACAUAUAAUAUAUAAUGUAAUUAAGGAUAUGAUUAAUUGGGAGGGAGCGUAUCUUUAUUAUGUAGCUCUCCUGGCCGGGCAGGCAGCACACACAUGUACACCACACAACACCUGGUCUCUCUCUAUGUGCACGCGCGCCCGCGUCCUCCGGUUUUUUUGGGAGACGCAUGCGAGGGUAGCUUGACGGGGGAUGGAUGAAGAGAGUGCACCAUGUUUGGGCGUUUGUGCUCUCUUCUUUGUUCCCCGUGGCUACGAUAUCUGAUGAUGCACAAGGAGGAGGAAUUUGAGUGCUAGUGCUCCUUGUAAUUGUAUAUGGCUCCUGAUUAUCUAUGUACAAGAGUAUAUAUGAUGAAAUGAAGAGCGUAUUAGAAUA